AACACAUUGAGAUCACUCACAGAAAAAGGCCAACCAAAUGGAGUCUUACAUAUUGACCAUUUGCUUUCUUUAAAAUCCAUCCUCUUCACACAUAUCUACAUUCACAAGCUUAUUUUCAUUUCUUAAAGAAAAGUAACGUAUUGAGACUUUUAAAAAUGAGGAGCUUCUUCUUCUUCUUCUUCUUCAUCUUCUUCAAAGGAUCAUUCGCAGCUGCAGGCAAGUUUUGGAGCAGAAUAGAAAUGGCUGAGAUGAAUGGCUAUGGGGAACACAAACUCUCCUCCGUAGUUAUCACCGGCUCUAUUCUCUGCAACACCCCUGUUUCAGGUGCCACUGUUGCUAUCAAGUGCCAUACUGGAUUCAAAAAGAGAUCAAAAUGGGUAAAAGCUGUUACUGAUGACUUUGGAGAAUUUGUUAUCCAUCUUCCUUCUCAUCUUCACGCAAUUCCUCACUUGGAAAAGGCAUGUUUCAUCAAACCAGUACAUGUGCCUAAGCACUAUCAGAGCUGCUAUAAGACUUUUUCCAAAUCCAAUAUACACAAAGGUAUCAAACUUGUUUCGUCCAGAAAUGGCUUCCGUGUCUACACCUCAGGGAGUAUCAAGUUACAUGGUUACAGUUCAAGAUUAUCCCAAUCUCGUAAAGCCGACAUGUAAACACAAGAUUUAAUAAGAAACAACUGAUACUUGUGGAAAAAGCAUGUGUUAACAUUUUAUGUUCCUCACUUGUUUAGCUGGCGCUCUAGUCACAGAACUAUGUUGAGUCUCUCUACAUUGUUUAUCAUAUUCACAGUGUAAGAACAUAAACGUAUUUUCCAUACUUUUUUUUUAAAACAUAUCUUCCAUACUUUUGGUA